AUCAGCCAAACACCUCCUCCCUCAGUCUUCCCCAGCCAACACACACACACACACACACUCACACACAUGCACCCAUCCACACACACACACAAAUGCACACACAAACAAACGGGUGAAUGAUGUCUAAUACACAGCGGCCAAGCGGGGGGAAUGACAGACAAACAAACACACAAACACCGCUGUCUCCAAUGGCCCAGAAUAUGUGGAGAGACUUCAAGGCCGCAACCAUGAGUGGCCGUGAGGGUAGCCCCAAGAUAUCCCUGGCGCUGCUGAAGGGCCGAGCGUCCAACCAGAGUGUGCCCUCCAUAAGCUUCAGGUUCGACCCUUCCGCUGAAAACCUUACCCAAGUGUCGGACCAGGAGGAAGAAGAUGACGAGGCGCCCACCGACAUCACCUCAGGGCUGGACGCAGCGGCAGCGGGCGGCGGCGUCACUGUGGGGCGUGCUGAGUCGCUACGGGAAGCUUCGCCGGUCAAAGAAACAUUAAACCGAGUUCUUGGUAAACGCUCGUCCUCUCUCGACAGCAGCGCCGUCCCCCCUGAGGCCAUACCCCCGCCCCCGCCACCCCGCAGCGGCGACGGGGGCACCGGGGCGACUGCGGGGGCCGGGGGGCUUCUCUCGCGGAUCACCAAGACAUUCGAGGACAAGAUCAAUGAGAUACGGAAGGAUAAGGAAGGAAAGGAAAACCGUGAGAGGCUCUGCGUCAGUGAGGGUUCGACGGAGAGCGAAGGGGGCGGAUCCGGGGGUAGCGGAGGUGGCAGCGGGGCGGCUGGGGGUACUGCGGGGCUAUCCGACCGUUCCCCGACAUGCCCCGCCCCGAGGAAGGACGAGGACGGGCCACAGACAUCAGACUCCCCGAAAACGAAAACUACAUUAGUCCAGGACAUCACGGAACAUACCAGCAAGUUCAAGAGCGAGCUUGGUAGUAUUCGCCCCAAGCUGUCGGAGCUGCGGCAACGGCGGGCGAGCAAGGAGGCUGCGGCGAAGGUGGCGAAGGAGAGCAAGAGUGGGAAGGAGGCGAAAAACAAGCCCUCCGUGUUUACAUCUCUUCUCGGACGCGACGAAGGGCUCGGCGAGGAAAUGCUUCUCGAGUGCGACGAAGGGGAGGUCGACCGCGCAGAGGAGGCAACCGAGACCACAACCGCAUUCCUACCGACUCAUACCACCGCCUCUAGCGUACCUACCGGCCUCCCCGACGCCCCUAUCGGCAAAACGGCGCAUGGGGGCGGACGCAGCGCACGGAAGGGGACAUCAACCUUCCGAGCGCAGGUUUUUGAUGUCGCCGGCCAGGUUCCAAUCACCCGCCCCUUCCUCUAUAAAUUCCUAACGGCACUUUUCAUCAUUGCGUUCGUACUCCCCCUCCCGCCUUUCCUUGGGGGUCUCCUGGUCGGGGUUAUGGUCUCGGGGCUCGCUACGCACUGUCUCCUACACUUUCUGGCCCCGUCCGCCCCGCUGUCCUCCGGCCCCGCCCCAGACGAUGGCCCCGUGAUGUUGACGCUGCCAGUGUACGAGGAUAAGCAGCUGUAUAAGGGCUGGAUGAACAAGUUGGAGGGAGAAUACAGUCCAGAGACCUACCAUGUAUCCCUCACCCACUCGGUCCUACUCAGACUACAGGGGUCCAGACUCAAGAUGGACUUCCCCAGGGGUAAGGUUCCCAAGCAUGCCCGACUCCACGAGGAGAUCCGGAACCUGACCUUCACCCACCACCUGGAGUAUGACCUUGCCGGGUGCCAGGUCCUGCUGCUGCCCAAGAACCUGCCCAGGCGAUGGCUCUGGAGCAGGAAGUACCCCAUCUGCAUCCACCUUCAGGCGUGGAGUAAGGACAGCUCUCCGUCACCCGUCUCCAUCAACUCCACACCCGCCGGUUCCGCCCAGGGCAGCCCCAUGCACUUCGCCAGCCCAGGCCCACCCCCAAGCCCCCCCUCGGAACUUGGGCGUCAGGGUAGCUCGGAGAGUGGCGGAGACACAACCAACACCAACACUACCAACUGGAGUCUCGAAAACCACCACAACAGAUCCUCCGGCGAAGAUGACCUCAUGUCCUCAUCCUUAGACAUGGCGUCCUUCGAGGAGGUGACGCAGGAUAUGUGCCAGGAGAAAAGCCUGAUCCUGUUCGCCCGCUGUGACAGGGAGAAGGAUGACUGGUUCCGGCGGCUAGUGGCGGCCUCGGAGCUCCCCCCCAACCGCCCCGCCCGCCCCUCCCCCAGCCACAAGCCGCCCCAGGAUACGGGAGACACCAUACUGCUGGAGGGCAUACCUGACGGACCUGGCAGGGACCAUAUGCAGGACCAGGCACCAGGGACACCCCCAGAAAUGUCCUUUGAGAGAUACAUGGCAAGGCUCCUGUAUCAACCCGCCACCAACUCCUCCGCCACUGCCGCCAGCACCCACCCCAGCCCCGCCCCGCCCCUAGCCCCGGCCGCCCCCGAUCUGACGAGCGUGGCGUGGAUCAAUGCUUUGGCGGGGCGGAUAUUUUAUGAUUUUUUGAGGAACCCGUUUUGGGCGAAUAAGGUUCAAGAGCGCGUCCAGCGGAAACUUAGCAAACUCCACGUUCCUUAUUUCGUCGGCGACCUCGUGGUGUGUGGGGUCAACAUGGGUUCCUCCACGCCCCAGCUCCAUGCGGCGGGCACUCCACAUGUCAACGCGAGGGGGCUAUGGGUGGACCUCAAGGUGGAGUACUCGGGGAACUUUACGCUCAGCCUCGAAACCAAACUUGACCUCAUGAAAUUGAAGCGAUCGACGGUUGGGCUUGACGCCGCGACCCAUGCUGUCCAUUCCGCCCACUCCCUCCCGCCGAGCCCAGGGGAGCCAGCCCACCCUAGGGUAUACACGCGGUCCCCGUCCUCUGACCGCCUCCUCCGCAACCUCCACUUCGACACAGACACGGAUGACAGCGUGGAAUCGUCCAGCGAAGAGGAGGAAGAGGAGGAUGGCGGAGCUGCGGAAGCUGGGCCGCCGACGGGAGGUGGCGGACCAACCUCACGGCGGCUACUCAAGCUCGUGGACACAGUGGCGGCUUCGAGGUACUUCCAGCAUGCGGCGGAGUGGCGGCUGCUACAACGCGCUCUCAUGGGGGUCAGCAACACUAGAAUUGAGCUCAGCGUUGAGGUCCGUCACUUAGCUGGCACUCUCGCGCUCAAUGUUCCGCCCCCGCCAACGGAUAGACUCUGGUAUGGGUUCCGCGGCGCCCCAGAGCUGACCAUGGUGGCGCGGCCGAGGCUUGGCGACCGCGCUCUCUCCCUCCCCAUCCUUGUGGAGUUCAUACAGAAGCAGCUGAAGAUCGUUUUCGAGAAGGUUUUCGUUCUACCAAAUAUGGACGAUUUGGUGAUUCCCGUCAUGUCUCCGCUUCUCCCAGGCCAGCACACCCCCCCUAGGCCCCCCUGGGAGACCGCCGCGCACCCCUCCACCCACGGCGAUGCCCAGUCCAUGCCCCCGCCUGCCUUCUCGCCCCCCACCUCCGCCCCCCGCCCCACCCCACAGGUUCUGACGCCGGUGGUUAAAUUCACGCCAUCGUCACACUGAGGAUUUUUUUUUUUUUUUCGAAGUUGUUUUUUGUUGUUAUUUUGUGUUGACGUUUUCGCACAAGUUUGGGUUCUGUUUGUGUGUGUGUGUGUGUGUGUGUGUGUGUGUGUGUGUGUUUUGUUUCUCCUAUCUUUCUCUCCUCUCUCUCUCUCUCUCUCUCUCUCUCUCUCUCUCUGUUACAAUUAUCUUACAUUCCUAAUUCUUUCUUUAAUCUUUUUUUUUCUUAUCCUAUCUUUAUCUAGUCUCCCAAAUGUGACUCGGAAAGAAAGAAAGAAAGAAAGAAAAAAGAAAGAGAGAAAGAAAGGAAGUGUUGUGAAAAGGAAGGAAGGAAAGGAAGGAAGGAAGAUAAGAAAAUAAAAUAAAGAAAGUGACUGAACAAAAUAAAGAAAAUAAAGAUAAUGAAGAUAGUGAAAAGAGAGAGAGAGAGAGAGAGAGAGAGAGAGAGAGAGAGAGAGAGAGAGAGAGAGAGAGAGAA